AUGUCUGCAUUAUCCUGCAACACAGCUCUGCUGAUGGUCACCAUUGGGGCCAUCACGCUGGUGUUGGCUGUUACCGUGACCUUCCUCUGCAUCUACCUGGAUCUGCCCUGGUAUCUCAGGAUGGUGUGCCAGUGGACCCAGACCCGGCACAGGGCUAGGAACAUACCGUUAGAGGAACUCCAAAGAACUCUCCAGUUCCAUGCUUUUAUUUCUUACAGUGAACAUGAUUCUGCCUGGGUGAAGAACGAAUUGGUGCCUUGCCUAGAAAAAGAAGACAUACGGAUUUGCCUCCAUGAGAGAAACUUUGUUGCUGGCAAGAGCAUUGUGGAAAAUAUCAUAAACUGCAUUGAGAAGAGUUACAAGUCCAUCUUUGUUUUGUCUCCGCACUUUGUCCAGAGUGAGUGGUGCCAUUAUGAACUCUACUUUGCCCACCACAAUCUCUUCCGCGAAGGAUCUGAUAACUUAAUCCUGAUCUUGCUGGAGCCCAUUCCACAGAACAUCAUCCCCAGCAAGUAUCACAAGCUGAAGGCUCUUAUGACGCAAUGGACUUAUUUGGAAUGGCCCAAGGAGAAGAGCAAACGAGGACUUUUUUGGGCUAACCUAAGAGCAGCCAUUAAUAUUAAGUUGGAGCAAGCAAAAGAAAUAAGUCACAUGCAGAGCUAA